CCCUCAGACGAGACGGUGCUGAAAGUGACGCAGAGUACGUGGACCUGCAACAACGACUAACUUUGAAACCAAGUGGAAUAGCUUGUGGAGGAAUGGAAGUUAGCUGUUAAACCAAAUGUAAAUUCAAUUCAAAAUCGUGUGCCUAAGUGCCUUGCAGUGUCGGUGUAUAAUCUGAUCGUGAUCCUUUAUUGAACCAGUUUGAAAAAAAAACUCGAAUCGAACGGUCGUUUUCUUGUAUCGGAAACUCGUCUACAUGUCCUAAUUGGACCCAAGUCAAAGCUAAAGAACACCCGCCACAGCCGGGAAGGCGAAAACUUUCUGCCACGUGUGCGCCCGCUCUUGAGUAGAAAGGAGCAUCCACGGAAAAUUUGAGCUCCGGCAUUAGUAAGUCGUGUGAAUCCUGCGAUCCGUAACCUUUCAAGAUUUUCACGAGAAGGGAAAGAAAGCUCAAACUGCUUGCAAAACAAACACCCACAAUUCACGGCGAGCUUCUCCACGGUUACUUAGUGGUGUUGUGCCUUUAGUUUAGUAGCAUUUGUGUAGUGGUAUCAAUUAAACAAACCCACUCGGGAAACUUUGGCAGGGCCGGGCGAUGAAGGGAAAUUGAAUUUAUUUCCAAACGCAACAAAAACACUGUCCAAACCAAACGGUUUGGAUCCAGCUGCCAAAAUCAAUCUACUGGUGCAAUUUCCCUUUACGAAGGCUACCACUGGGUCAGUAAUUGAAAACAAUUAGCUAAGUCAACGGCUUUCACAAUCGCCACCAUUCCUUACGUUAGUCACAGCUAAAAGGGGCCAACUUUCGCACAAGCUAAAGUGCAGUGCAAUUUAUGCAGUGUUCCCAAACGUCCCAUUUUCGGGUGUAGAAGUGUUCGUGCUGUGUGCUUGUGUGAUUGUGUGUGUGUGUCUGCAUAUACUGUGAGCGAUAGCAGGAGAAAGAGCUUAGCGAAGGAAGCCAAAACAUUUCGUAAAGAACGAUGGGUUGUGCAAGCAGUUCUCCGUUAAUCAACGGUGGUGGUCCCGGUGGCGUCAUCGAGACAGCCAAAGAAGCGGCCACCAAAACCGCGUCCGACGUGCUGCAUGCCGGCGAAGCGGCGAUCAAUGACGUCGGUGAGCAUGUGAAGGGAGCCGUCCAAAACGUUACGCACGAGCUGGAAAACGUGCUGGGUGGCAAAAAGGACAACAAAUCCGAUCACGUCAACGAGGACGACGGCCACGAGCCGGCCACGAACGGGCACGACAGCGGGGACAACCCGGACUAUCAGAUCAUACGGCUGAAGGGCUCGAAGCAGAACAGCGUCGAGGAGACGGAAAAGAUGGAAAACGCGAAGAACGACCUGCUCACCAAGGCGCAAAGCUUCGGCGACGACACGGACCGGAUGGCGGACGAUCUGAUGAAGGAAACGGAGGAGCUGAUGCGGGACGCCGAGACGGGCAUCGCACACAGCGAGAUGACGACGCGCAUCACCUCCAACGAGGACGGUACGAUCGAGAUCCUUAACCUCGAAGAACCCGAGAUCGAGCGGAUACUGGCCGGCGCUGGGACGGAGGAGGAAGGCACCGCGCCCGAUUCACCCAAGGCAACGCUCAACACACUAUCCGUGCCCGCCGCCAAGGAGGAGGGAAUGCCGAUGGACGCGAUGCCACCAGCCGCGGACAAGGCGGAUGUGUGAGUACGGUAGUGCCAUGGCUUCUUCACUUCGACAAGUCUUUUCAUAUUGCAAUCAAUCCCAAUGUCCUUUGUACACUCCACCUUUUCACAUCCCGAACACCAACACUCCGACAAGUGCAGUCCAUUGGAACACUAUGGACUAUUCCUUUAGUACAUCACACACUCCCAAAAACUCCCUCCUUUAUGUCGCAUCAUUUAUGCAUUGGAAAUUCAAAAACCAAACAUAUUUCCUGCCCUGUACAUUGUAACAAAACUUGUGUCCUUUGUGAAAUAAUUGGAACAAUUUGAAAGUUUUUCACACAAUUUCAGUUGGUUACGGGACGUGCCGGAAAUUUUCUAACGAAUCAUUGUUUCGAUGUAGUUUUACAUUAGAUUCCUCUAGCUCAUUCAAUGUGCGAUACAUGCGUUUCAUCGGGAUUAUUGUAUAUAAACCUUUUACGUGUAAGUAAUUGUAAAAAGAAAAGUUUGAAAAUAAAUGUAUUAUUGUGUUAGG